UUGGAGAAUGGCCACCAGGAUGGCGGCCACAUUGGAUAUCGUGGUGUGGUAGUAGGUGGAAAUGUUGGGUACUGGGUAACUGGCGGAAAAGUUGGAUAUCGAGUAAUUGGUGGGAAUGUAGGGUAUUGGGUAACUGGCGGAAAAGUCGGAUAUCGAGUAAUUGGAGGAAAUGUUGGGUAUUGGGUGACUGGCGGAAAAGUUGGAUAUCGAGUAACUGGUGGAAAUGUUGGGUAUUGGGUAACUGGCGGAAAAGUCGGAUAUCGAGUAAUUGGUGGAAAUGUUGGAUAUCGAGGAGUGGUGGGUGCAGCUCCACGACAAGCAGCUGUUGGGCAACUGAAGCUCAUUAUUUUGUACGAGGACAAUUACGGACGUAAAAAUUUCUCACCAGUUAGUAGUAGCCACAAGCACACAUGUGGAGUAAGAUCCGCAGGGAAGCUGACAAUCCGUGUUACAUUCUAA